AUGGUGAAGUUUGACAGAUUAGUGCAUGAAACACAAGAAGCAGAAUACACUUUGUCUGUAACACCGAGUUCAACAGUUGACUAUGUGAAUCAUUUUGAAUUUUUAAAUCAAAUACAAGGCAGGAUUGAAGCGAUUGAGAAAGAGGCUGAAGUUAUCAAAGAACUCUAUGAAAUGAUUGAAGUAUUCAAUGUUCCAGUCCCACCAGAAAACUAUGCUGUCUAUCAGAGUCUUUUACCAUCAAUCGAUAGAGCUAAGAAUGCCAUUGACAAAGCACUCGCAGAUCGUGAUAAUCCAAUACUUUUGGAUGUGACAGCAGAAUCGCAAACUGUUCGCACUGAACUAUCUCGACUUAAAGUAACAAUGGAUGAAUUACAAAAUAGAGCUGUAACUUUCAAAACAUAUCAUCGAAAUUUCAAGGAUUUGUCUCAAGCCCUAUCAGGUACACCGAUUGAAGACCAGAUACUUGCACGAGCCGGUGUACGAGCUGCAUCAUUUAUAGUGGAACAACCACGUUUUGAGGAGUUGGAAACACUAGUUGGUGAAAUGAAAUUAAAGCAUUUAUUGUGGAAUUCCCUUGAGGAAUGGGAUGAAACAAUCAAGGAAUGGAUGAAGGCUGAUUUUUUUAAACUGAAUCCAGAAGAUUUAACAAAUGUUACAAUGAAAUAUGUGAAAUCGGUCAAUCUGCUGGAAAAAGGGUUACCACCUAACACUGUGGUACCAUUGUUGAAGGAAAAAGUGGAGGAUAUACGAGGAAAAUUAACAACUAUCAUGGACUUACGUAAUCCAACAUUAAAAUCACGUCAUUGGGAAAUGCUAGAAGAUUUAAUUGGCUUUCAAAUGUCUGACCUUGAAGAACCAUUAAGUUUAGGCUUUCUAAAUGAAUUGAAAGCCUUUCAAAAGCGGAGCAAAUACAAGAAAUAUCAGGUUGAAGAUGCUUGGAAGUCAACUGAAUUCAUUGUUUUACCAUAUAAAGAUAGCAAAGAUGUAUUCAUUGUUGGCGGGACAGAUGAAAUACAACAAUUAUGGGAUGAUUCAAAUAUCAAUAUAUCCACAAUUGCAUCAUCACGUCAUGUUGGUCCAAUUAAAAAUCGCGUUGAUGAAUGGCAAAGGUUAUUAGAUCUAUUCGGUAAAACUUUAGAUGAAUGGAUGCAGUGUCAAAGAAGUUGGUUAUACUUGGAAAGUAUAUUCUCUGCACCAGAUAUUCAACGUCAACUGCCUAGUGAAGCAAAAAGUUUUAUGGCUGUUGAUAAAUCCUACAAAGAUGUAAUGCGUAAAGUCCAAAAAGUUCCACUGGCUAUGCGUGCAGCUACACAACCAGGUCUAUUAGACACCUUCAGAAAUAAUAAUCAACUCUUAGAUCAAAUACAGAAAUGUCUUGAAGCCUAUUUAGAGUCGAAACGUUCAGUAUUCCCAAGAUUUUAUUUCUUAUCCAAUGAUGAAUUAUUGGAGAUAUUGGCACAAACACGUAAUCCAUUAGCUGUACAACCACAUUUAAGAAAGUGUUUUGACGCUAUUGUUAAGCUAGAAUUUGCUGUAGCCCCAGAAUCUACUGAUAAAGAUGAACCUGUUUAUACAAAUGAUAUAUUGGCUAUGCUGUCACCGGAAGGUGAACGAGUAUCCCUUGGCAAGGGUUUAAAGGCUAGAGGGAAUGUCGAAGACUGGUUGGGUAAGGUUGAAGAGGCGAUGUUUACAAAUCUUCGUAAACUGAUGAAAAUUGCUAUCAAUGACUUUGAGAGUCUGGAACGUGAAGCUUGGUUGAAAGCGCACGCUAAUCAAAUUGUUUUAACUGUAGAGCAAUUGAUGUGGUCACGUGAUAUCACGCUGAUUUUAGAAGAUCCUUUUCCAGAAGAUCGGAUUGACGGUUUAAAAGAAUACGAAGAGAAGUGUUACGCAGGAUUGAAUAAACUUGCAGCCUUAGUACGCAGUGAACUGCCGAAAUUGUUUCGUGCCCUUUUAUGCUCACUAAUAACAAUUGAUGUGCAUGCGCGUGAUAUGGUAACAGAAUUAGUCAACAGUAAAGUGGAUUCAUUGAGCAAUUUCGAUUGGCAACAUACAUGUGUUGUGAAAAUGGCGAAUGCAUGUUAUAUUUAUGGUUAUGAAUACUUGGGCGCUUCUCCACGUCUAGUGAUUACUCCAUUGACGGACAGAUGUUAUUUAUGCUUGAUGGGGGCGUUACAGUUGGAUUUAGGCGGUGCACCAGCCGGUCCAGCUGGUACUGGUAAAACAGAAACAACAAAAGAUUUAUCUAAAUCAGUUGCAAAACAAUGCGUUGUCUUCAAUUGUUCUGAUGGUCUCGACUACAAAAUGAUGGGACGCUUUUUCUCCGGUCUGGCACAAUCCGGUGCAUGGUUCUUGUCUGUCAUUGCUCAACAGCUGAUCACUAUUAGAAAUGCUAAAGCUGCACGUGUGACACGAUUUAUGUUUGAAGGUCGUGAGAUCAAAUUAGUACCAACCUGUGCUGCUUUCAUUACAAUGAAUCCAGGCUAUGCAGGGCGUACAGAAUUACCAGAUAAUCUGAAAUCUCUAUUUCGUCCAAUAUCAAUGAUGGUUCCAGAUUACCGUCUUAUUGCUGAAGUGAUCCUUUAUUCUGAAGGUUUCGAAUCCUCGAAAACGUUGGCCUUAAAGAUGACACAAAUGUACAAGUUGUGCAGUGAACAACUGUCUCAACAAGAUCAUUAUGAUUUUGGAAUGAGAGCAUUGAAAUCAGUGCUGGUUAUGGCAGGUUCAUUGAAACGUGAAAAUCCUGAUAAACCAGAGGAUGUUGUUCUUAUACGAGCUUUACGAGAUAGUAAUUUACCCAAGUUUCUCAAACAAGACGCUGUUUUAUUUACUGCAAUCUUACAAGAUUUGUUCCCAGGAGUCACAUUACCUGAACAUGAUUAUGGACGAUUUCUCUCUGAGAUCGAAACUGUUCUUCAAGAAAUGGGUCUACAAAUUGUUUCUGACCAAGUAUUGAAAGUGAUUCAGUUCUUCGAGACACUGCUUGUCCGUCAUGGAGUAAUGUUGGUCGGGCCUACUGGGGGUGGAAAGACAACUGUCUAUCGGGUUUUAGCUAAAGUGUUAGCCAAUUUACAUGCAGCUAACCUACCAGACGGUAGACCAGAAUAUCAACCUGUAAAAACAUACGUUUUAAAUCCAAAGUCUAUAACUAUGGGUGAACUAUACGGAGAGGUGAAUAAAUUAACACUUGAGUGGCAUGAUGGUCUGUUGGCUUCCAUUGUCAGACAGACGUGUAUGGAUUCUACACAAGAUCAUCAGUGGGUUAUAUGCGAUGGUCCUGUGGAUGCUUUGUGGAUUGAAAAUAUGAAUACUGUACUAGAUGAUAAUAAAAUGUUGUGUUUAGCCAAUUCGGAGAGGAUCAAACUCACUAAUUAUGUUCACAUGUUGUUUGAAGUACAGGACUUGGCUGUUGCCUCACCAGCAACUGUGAGUCGUUGUGGUAUGGUCUAUGUGGAUCCUGAAGAUUUAGGCUGGUUACCUUAUGCAAAAACGUGGAUGAAAUCAAUUGAAGACAAACUAGUACCUCAUGUCGUCCAGUAUAUUAUGGAUCUUUUUGAGAAAUAUGUUGAUCCAUUCCUGCACUUUGUAAUAACAAAGUGUUCGGCAAUUAUUCCACAAGUUCCAAUCGCUCGAGUUCAGACCACCUGUAAAUUGUUAGAAGUGUUAUUAACUCAUCCAGGCUGUCCACCAAUGAAUCGUGAUAAGACCAAGUUGAAUCCAAUUUUGGCGAUGUCAUUCGUUUUCGCAUUAUUAUGGGGAUUAGCUGGCAAUGUGAUUGAUGCAAACUGGGAUGCAUGUGAUGCAUUUAUACGUAAUCUAUUUGAUGACUUGGGAGAUGCUCGAUUGCCCCAACAUGCUGAUCUAUGGUCCUGUUAUGUUGAUAUGGACACACGUCGUAUGGACAGUUGGGAUAAAAUGCUUGGUACAUUUAUCUAUGAUAAGAAAAUACCAUUUUUUGAUAUGAUUGUGCCAACUGUCGAUACAGUCAGAUAUGGUUAUAUGCUAGAAAAAUUGUUAGCUGCAAACCAAAGUGUCCUGUUCACCGGAUUAACAGGAGUUGGGAAAUCGGUUGUCGUCCGGGGAACAUUGAACAAUAUAGCUCAGUCAAAAAAUUAUGUGCCAGCUUAUUUGAACUUUUCCGCCCAGACAAGCAGUAAUCGUACACAAGAAAUGAUUGAAAGUAAAUUAGAGAAAAAGAAGAAGAAUGUUCGCGGUGGACCGAAAGGCAAACAUAUGAUUCUAUUUGUCGAUGAUUUAAAUAUGCCAAAACAAGAUACUUAUGGAAGCCAACCACCGAUUGAAUUGUUACGUCAAUAUCAAGAUUUUCAUGGUUUCUAUGAUAGAGAUAAGUUGGACUGGAUAAAGAUUAAGGAUGUGACAUUGUGCGCAGCAUGCGGUCCACCUGGUGGUGGAAGGAAUCCUGUUAGUCCAAGACUGAUUAGACAUUUCUCGCUGUUCGCUAUACCUCCCCCAUCUGAGACAAGCUUGAAGCAAAUAUUCUCAGCAAUUAUCAAUGGUUAUCUACUUGAAUUCUCACAAGGGGUUCGUAAUACUGGUGAGUCGAUUGUAAAUGCUGCGGUGGAAAUUUACUCUAGAAUGGCUAAAGAAUUACUGCCUACACCAGCUAAAUCUCAUUAUGUGUUCAACUUGAGAGAUUUAUCAAAAUGUAUUCAAGGCGUCUUACAAGGCGAUUCAAAUACUGUACGAGAUAAACAAACCAUAAGUCGAUUGUUUUAUCAUGAAGCUCAGCGUGUAUUUCACGAUCGUUUGAUCAAUCAAGAAGACAAGCAGUUUUUCAAUCAAAUACUUUCAGACAUGGCAUCAAAAUACUUCGGUGAAUCAAUAGGACCUGAAACAUUCACAAAGAGUCCAAUACUCUUUGGAGACUUCUUGAAGCCUGGCACUCCACGUGCAGAACGACUUUAUGAAGAGUUUUGUGACAUAGAAAAGCUUAAAUCGUUGUUAAUGGAUUAUUUGGAUGAUUAUAAUUUGGUCAUGUCAAAAGAUGUGAAGCUUGUCUUCUUUGUUGACGCCAUUGAACAUGUGUGUCGUAUUGCUCGAAUGAUUCGACAGGAUAGAGGCAAUGCAUUGUUAGUCGGUGUUGGGGGUACUGGGAAGCAAUCAUUGACAAGAUUGGCGGCGCAUAUUAACGAGUAUAAAUGCUUUCAGAUUGAAUUAAAUCGUGGUUAUGACUACUCAUCAUUCCAUGAUGACUUGAAAAGUUUAUAUUUUUCUGCUGGAGUAGAGAAUAAACCGACGGUAUUCUUAUUUACUGACAAUCAAAUAGUUGUCGAGGAAUUUCUGGAAGAUAUUAACAAUAUCUUGAAUUCUGGUGAAGUACCAAAUUUAUUUGAAAACGAUGAAUACGAACGUCUAAUUAUCGGCUGUCGACCAGCUGCUAAAGAUGCUGGCAUUGCUGAGGGGAAUCGGGAUGGCAUCUUUGAUUUCUGUAUCAAUCGUGUACGGAAUAAUCUACACAUUGUCUUGUGUAUGUCACCAGUUGGCUCAAAUUUCCGUGUACGAUGUAGAAUGUUUCCAUCAUUGGUGAAUUGUUGUACAAUUGAUUGGUUUAUUGAAUGGCCUGAAGAAGCAUUGUACAGUGUGGCAAAGUUUACAUUUGCACAAGCUGAUUUUAGUUCAAAUGAAAUGAAAGCAGCUGUAUCAAAAUUAUCUACUGAUAUCCAUCUGAGUGUCUCACAAACUGCGGAACGUUUCUAUGCUGAAUUGAAACGACGCUACUAUACAACGCCUACCAGUUAUUUGGAACUGCUUGGAUUGUAUAUGACUAUGCUGAACAAACAGAUCAAAGAACUCUCAGAUGGAAGAGACAAAUUUCGGAAUGGUUUGAAUAAAAUUUUGGAAACCAAUGAUUUAAUUGCCAAAAUGGAAGUUGAACUGACUGCAAUGCGUCCAACACUUGAAGUUAAACAACGUGAUACAGAGAAAUUGAUGAUUAAAUUGAGUGAAGAUCAAGAACAGGCUGAUAUUGUUCGUAAUCGAGUGAAAGAAGAUGAAGCUUUAGCUAAACGAAAAGCUGAAGAAAAUCAAAUCAUUGCCGAUGACGCUCAGCGUGACUUGGAUGAGGCUAUUCCAGCACUUGAAGCAGCUAACAAAGCACUUGAUUCGCUGGAUAAAAAUGAUAUAUCUGAAAUACGUGUAUUCACAAAGCCUCCUCAACUAGUUCAAACUGUUAUGGAAGCUGUCUGUGUAAUGUUUGGACAAAAGACUGUGGAGCCAAAAAGGAAACGUCUAGAAGAGGCUAAUGUGGAUUUAGAUAUUGUUAUGCGUAAACUUCAAGAGAAACAAGCUGAACUGGCAACCGUUGAAAGAAAGAUUGCUUCACUGCAAGCAGAAUAUGACCAGUCAGUUGCAGAGAAAAAGAAACUUGAACACCGGCUGGCACUGACAUCAGCUCGUUUAAAACGUGCUGGCAAGUUGACAACUGCUCUAGCCGAUGAACAGGAUCGAUGGAAAUUAUCCAUUGAGAAAUAUGAAGCCCAACUUAGCAAUGUUAUUGGUGAUGUAUUUGUAGCAGCGGCCUGUGUUGCCUACUAUGGAGCAUUUACAGCAGAAUACCGUGAACACUUGGUCAGCCGAUGGGUUCAACGAUGUCGUGAACUAAGCAUACCAGUAAGUGAAGAUCCAACCCUAUUCAGUGUUCUUGGUGAUGCAUUCGAAGUGAGACAGUGGAAUACACAAGGUCUGCCACGUGAUCAAGUCAGUACAGACAAUGCUAUCCUAGUGACACGUUCAAGACGCUGGCCGUUAAUGAUCGAUCCACAAGAACAAGCCAACCGUUGGAUACGUGCUAUGGAGUCGGAGAACAAUUUGAAAGUAAUAAAGUUAACCGAUUCAAAUCUGUUGAGAAUACUAGAGAACUGUAUGCGUAUUGGUUUCCCAGUCCUCCUGGAAGAUGUUGGUGAGACGCUAGACCCCGCUUUGGAGCCAAUUUUACUAAAACAAGUUUUUAUGUCUGGCGGCAGAUUACUUAUUCGAUUAGGUGACUCGGAUAUUGAGUAUGAUAAAAAUUUCCGAUUCUACAUCACCAGUAAAUUAGCUAACCCACAUUAUCUACCCGAAGUAUCAAUUAAAGUGACAAUUAUCAAUUUUACAGUAACACCGGCUGGCCUAGAAGAUCAGCUGCUUGGUGAUGUGACAGGUAUUGAACGACCGGAAUUAGAAGAACAACGUGGUCAGUUGAUUGUACGUAUCAAUACUGACAAAAACCAGCUGAAAGAUACAGAAGACCGUAUACUGAAAUUGCUGUUUGAGUCUGAGGGGAAUAUUUUAGACAAUGAAGAUUUGAUCAAUACACUGAAUGAAUCUAAGGCAAAAUCGAGUGAAGUGUCUAAACGUCUAGCAGAGGCUACCACAACUGAACAGAAAAUUACAAAUGCACGCUCUAAAUAUCUACCGGUUGCAUCACGUGGGUCUGUAAUGUACUUUGUAAUUACCACUAUGGCAGAAAUUGAUCCUAUGUAUCAAUUUUCACUGAAAUACUUUAAGAAUCUAUUUAAUUCAACUAUUCAAAACAGCUCACAAGCAUCUAGUCUAGAGGAACGUAUACAAGUUCUUCUUGACACAACAACUAAAGCCACCUACAAUAAUGUUGCACGCGGGUUGUUUGAACGUGAUAAACUAGUCUUCUCUUUUAUGCUGUGUGUUCAAAUUUUACGACAAAUGAAUCAAAUCACAUCACAAGAAUGGACCUAUUUCCUGCUAGGCACACCUGAGGAUACUACUGAAUAUAAAAGACCUGAACAACCAACGGAUACACAGGAUUGGUUGAAUACAAGACAAUGGAGACGUAUUAUUGACUUGGUGCAUCAUUUCCCUAACCAAUUUGCAUCAUUACCUGAUGAUAUCAGAAAGUGCUCAAUACUGGUCAACUUUUCUAAUCCAUCGAUAGUUGAACAACAGAAUAUUAGUGAUUCUCAUAAGAGUAACAAUAAUGAAACGCAAACUGAUCUCGAAGAAUUAGGCAUAUAUAUGUUAACACCUCACCUUCAUGCCCAAAAAAAACCGCAAGCUGAUCAUUACAAUGAUAAGUUGACAGCCUUUCAAAAAUUAUUACUUAUAUCAACUAUAAAUGGAUCGUUCGACACCACUUGUAUUAUUUUGUCCACUGGUUCUGAUCCAAUGAGUCAGUUUCAGAAAUUUGCGAAAGAAUAUGGUUAUUCAGAGCGUGUACAUGCUGUUUCUCUAGGUCAAGGUCAAGGGCCAACAGCGGAAAAGUUGAUUGAAGAAGCCAGCAAAACAGGAGAUUGGGUAUUUUUACAGAACUGUCAUCUAGCUGCAUCAUGGAUGAUCCGUUUGGAGGAGAUAGUUAAGCAACGUGCCGAAACUCCUAGAUCUACUCAUUUAGACUUUCGAUUAUAUUUAAGUUCAAUGCCAGCCAAGUCGUUUCCAAUCUCCGUACUACAGAAUUCUGUGAAGGUGACAAAUGAACCACCGAAAGGAUUAAGAGCAAACUUAGCUCGAGCGAUUAAUGACAUCUCAGCUGAAUCAUUUGAAACACAUGUUUUGGGUGGGGAUUGGCGAAAAUUAGUCUUUGGCAUAUGUUUCUUUCAUUCAAUGUAUUGGAGAGAAAGAAAUUCGGUCCACUCGGUUGGAAUAUCAGCUAUGAUUUCAAUGAUUCAGACCGAGAAUGCGCCAUAUUAA